CUCUCGCUGAUCCGCUGCGCGCAGCCGGCGGCUGCCGUGCGGCAGGCAACCGCCGCCGCCUCCAUUGUCCGAGAUGAAUCGACGCCACCGCGCGCGGCCAAUGACGUUGGGCGGGAAGGCGGCGCAAAGCCGCGGCGCGCCCGCCUCCCUCAGAUGCUCCCCGAGGGAAGAGGCGGGCGCUGGCCGGCACACACCGACUCGUCCACGAGUGUGUGCCUCAGACGGCAGUCGUCGGUUGGCCGCUUCAGAGUGGCGACGUAGCGCUCGUUUUUGACCUCGUGCGGGGUUGUUCGCCGACUUGUGAUUGCGCGCGCGCGCGCUUUGUAAUUUUUGUAUACCGAGGACUCAUUGCCUCCUCCGCUGCUCCGCUGCUGCUUCACCACCAUUCGUCGGUGCUCAUCCGCUCGCCUCGGAAACCCGACGGCUUCCUUUAUCGUCCCGGAGUCGUCGCCGGUGGUUUCCUUCGUCUACUUUGGCGCACGGCCGAGCAACGUAGUCACGGAGGGUUUACGCCGCAGUCUGUUGUUCGCCGCAUCGCAGACAGAGAUGGCCGCCGGGGGAAACAAACCGCCGGGAACGUCCAGUCGCAUCUUACUGGAUAUUCCGUGCAAGGUGUGCCUGGAUCAUUCUUCUGGAAAGCACUAUGGGAUAUUCGCCUGCGAUGGGUGUGCUGGCUUCUUCAAGCGCUCCAUCCGCCGCAACCGGCAGUACGUGUGCAAGGCCCGUGGCGCGGCGGCCAACGGAUGCCCGGUGGACAAGACGCACCGCAACCAGUGCCGCGCCUGUCGCCUGCGCAAGUGCAUCGAGGCCGGCAUGAACAGGGAAGCUGUUCAGCACGAGCGCGGACCUCGGAACUCGACGCUACGCCGUCAGGUGGCGCUGUACUUGAAAGAGGGCGGGCUGAGGCCCCCGAGCUUCGGGCCUCCGGGUCCCUCCUCCGCGCUGUCACCUGGCGGAACCGCCGGGGUUCUGAGCGCCGCCGGAGCAGCGGUGGCCGCGGCGGGCGCCGGUAGCCCGUUCGUCGCUUUCCACCCGGCGCUGCUGGGCUCCGCGGGCGUGACACCCGAUGCCGCAUGCAGCGUUGCGGCUGCCGCUGCCCUUUACUCGUCGCCGGCGCUGAGGCCACUGCCAGGAGCGGGACUCUGCCAUCCGACGCCGAAGUACCCUCACGAAUUCCUGGCCGCCUUUCCGGAAACCAUCUGCGAGUCUGCGGCGCGACUCCUCUUCAUGAACGUCAAGUGGAUGAAGACUGUGACGGCAAUCAACUUGCUACCGAUGAAGGAUCAGGUACUCCUACUGGAAGAAGGAUGGCGGGAGCUGUUUGUGCUGUCGGCGGCGCAGUUUAUGCUUCCCAUCGAAGUGGCGCCGCUUCUUGCCGCAGCCGGUCUCUCCUCGGAGCCGUCGACGUCUGACCGCGUGGUGACACUCAUGGCGGAGAUACGAAACUUUCAGGACGUCGUCGCCAAGUUUAAGGACUUGCAGGUGGACGCGACGGAGUACACGUGCAUUAAAGCCAUCGUGCUCUUCAAGACCACCUUCGACAACCAGACGUCAGAAUCGCACGCUCUGAGGGAUGCCGAGGCCGUGGCGGCCAUGCAAGACCAGGCGCAGGCGACCCUGUUCCGCUACAUGCAGACAUCGCACCCGACGCAGAUGGGUCGCUUCGGCAAGCUGCUGCUCUCCCUGCCUUGCCUCCGCACCGUGUCGCCGGUGGCAAUCGAAGAACUGUUCUUCCGAAAGACCAUCGGCGCCAUACCUAUCGCGAAGCUGCUCGUCGACAUGUACAGGACAGGAGGCUUCUGAGCCGGUGAUGGUCUGACCGCAGAGACGGCUAUCGCCGCAGGACUCCGCACCGACAGGUAGCGUUGCACCUCGUGCAAGGCUGAUCGCAAACGUGUACCUGCGGCACUCUUCCUGUGGCCGAUGCUCCUCUGACUUCGCUGCACGUCCUACGGAAACGCCAGACGUCCUGGACAUAGAACACAGAAUUCUCGUGACGAGCUGUGGGAGCUCACUGACUGACUUGCCCACGCAUCUGCUCGUGGCUCCCAAGAAAUCGUCCUCGAGCACAUAGCACGUGCGUGCAGCUCCGUCUCGUUUGGUGUGUUUUGCUGAUGGACCUCUGCAGGACCGCGACUGCUUCGACGUCGCCGAACGCGUACAAACAGGCCUAUCAAGUUCAUCGACAGCAUGUAGCGCGAGAAACAACAAAAUCGGCGUCCAAGGUCCUGCGUACAAAGAGGUGUUCCAGCGAUUUCCCAUGCGGGUGUGUGCUGUGCUUGGUUGAGGUGCUUCUGUGGACUGCUGCCCCUGUGUUUAUAAGUGUCAACGCUAGCGGCCAGAGACUCGAAAGAAGCCCAUCGACAAGGCCUAUGCAACACUCUACGCUAAAGCAAGGCAGCCCAAUCAAGGCUUGUGAUGUGCUGGCUCGACGUGUGUGUACAGAAGACGUUCCUUUGCAAAACAGAGACGAGACGAAUUGCAUUUUACUAGUCGUUGUUUGUGUAAAUACUUUGUAUCAAAGUUGACAAUGUUAUGACGAUUGCUUAAGCAUGGUUGAAAUUUUGAAGGAGGCAUGGCUUAGAAUAAAUGCGCAUAGGUACUGGUCACAUGUAUUGUUUCAUGGUCACAGUUUGUGCUUCCUAGCCAGAGCCACGGCCAAGCUUGCUUGUCGCUGAAUACACUCCAUGUAUAAAACGCACUUGAGGCGUUAAUUGUUUGUUUCACUCUCAGGUAUGCGACUGUAACGCCGCGGAACCUCUAUGCCUUGCAAAUAUAGCGGCAUACGUAAGUGUCUGAAACACGUAUACGGCGCAUGUCAUUGUUUGAACACCUGGUGUACAAGUCAUUUUUUCCCAUAACCUUGAUCACAAGAAUGGCCGCUAUGCAUGCUAAAAAGAAAUAAAGGAAAACCAAUUGGGUUCUAUUUUUAAACUGUGCCUGUAUAUUUUUGAUAGUGAAACUGGCAAAAUAAUGCAGACCAAUAAUUACCUAUAUUAGAACCAGGACGGCCCGUUUUUUUUUCGCUUAUCUGAAAAAAUAUGUAGAAAGUGGAUCAUAAAAUACACAUUAAAAAUGGCGCACAUUCAUGCUUGUCAAUGAACCAACUUUCUGCUUUGCUACCCAGACCGAAUUUGCAAGGAAGUUGAACUUCUGCGAACUGAACUGGACCAUGCUUUCCAUUAUGUGGGCUCUAUAGGCUGCUUUGAUUUGUUUCUUAUACUAUAUACGAAGCCCUCCUAGUGCGUUUCCCUUCAAUGCACUUCGAAAAGGGUAAACAACCGAUCUGCUGUUUCUAGAACAAGCAUUUCUUAUAGGACCGUCGGCUUGUGCUACGCUAAUUGUACGACAGUCACAUGAAAUAUUCAGGAAUGAACGAGCUAGGCAAUGUUGGGAAAUUAAAGCGUAAUUUGGUCGGACGCAGUGGGUACCAAUUUUCAUACGUAUCCGACCUGUGGAUUGCCGACGUAAUUCUCCGGCUUUACCAAAAGAGCCACUUUGUGCAUGCGACUGCUAUGUGGCGACAGUCAAGGGGAAUCAAUAAUCUUGAAAACGAACUUUAGCAAAUAUAUGAUACAGUAAUAUACCAUGGAAGCCAGGGUGUUGUAUACUCAGAGGGUAAUGAGAAAAUAUGCUUUCGCAAGGUUGUGCAAUAGGUUUUAAUUCUUUCGAGUGGAGGAGGC